CUUGCAAUCUACGGCCAAUGCGACGGAUGUUUUCCGUUGGCGUGAAAGCAAGGGAAGACAGUAAAAUCAGGCACUACUUAAGCAGCGACACCCCUUGUCUUGUCUUGCCUUCAUUAGACUCAGUCAGCGCUCCCCUCACACCAACGUCAACAACUUCCUAACCAAAACUCUGAGGCUGUGCUGAAUUGGAUGCGGUGAGCAAUGGGUUAUAACAAGGUUCCUUGCAUUGCGUUUUUCCUCUGGCAAUUCAUCAGUUUUUCUCUCCCCUAUCAUUCUUUUGCCAUUGAAGUUGAUGCAAAUGCAACAGCCUUGCUGCUUCUAGAUGCUUCUAAAGGAUCAUCCCGACCAAUACCAGAUACAUUGUUCGGAAUAUUCUUUGAGGAGAUCAACCAUGCUGGUGCUGGUGGACUGUGGGCAGAGCUUGUAAGCAACAGAGGUUUUGAAGCUGGUGGCCCUAAUGUUCCCUCAAACAUAGAUCCUUGGUCCAUAAUUGGCAAUGAGACCUUCUUAAUUGUGGCCACAGACCGCUCGUCAUUGUUUGAUCGAAAUAAGAUUGCUCUUCAAAUGGAAGUGCUCUGUGACACCCAAGGCUCUAAUAUCUGUCCAUCUGGAGGGGUUGGUAUCUAUAAUCCAGGAUUCUGGGGCAUGAAUAUUGAACAAGGGAAGAGCUACAAAGUUGUAUUUUAUGUACGCUCAACAGAUGCUGUUAAUAUCUCUGUGUCGUUAACGAGCUCAGAUGGGUUACAGUCACUGGCUUCUGCUAAUGUGAUAGCUUCUGCUUCUGAUGUUUCAAAUUGGACUAAGAAGGAGCUUCUGUUGACAGCAGAAGGAACAAAUCACACUUCAAGACUGCAACUAACAACGGCUAAAAAGGGAGUAAUAUGGUUUGAUCAAGUUUCAGCCAUGCCUGUGGACACAUAUAAGCGACAUGGUUUUAGAAAUGAACUCUUUCAAAUGCUAGCAGAUAUAAAACCCCAAUUUAUCAGAUUUCCAGGUGGAUGCUUUGUUGAAGGUGAAUGGUUAAGGAAUGCAUUCCGCUGGAAAGAAACAAUUGGACCCUGGGAGGAGAGACCUGGGCAUUUUGGUGAUGUUUGGAUGUACUGGACUGAUGACGGACUUGGUUAUUUUGAGUUUCUUCAAUUAGCAGAGGACCUGAAUGCAUUGCCAAUAUGGGUGUUUAAUAAUGGAAUCAGUCACCAAGAUCAAGUUGAUACUACCAGUGUCUUACCUUUUGUGCAGGAAGCCCUUGAUGGCAUUGAAUUUGCCAGAGGCAAUGCUAGUUCAAAAUGGGGUUCUGUUCGAGCUGUAAUGGGACAUCCAAAACCAUUCAAUUUGAAAUAUGUUGCUGUCGGAAAUGAAGAUUGUGGAAAAAAGAAUUACCGAGGAAACUACCUCAAGUUCUAUGAUGCUAUAAAACGCACCUAUCCUGACAUUCAAAUUAUAUCAAACUGUGAUGGAUCUAAUGGCCCGUUGGACCACCCAGCUGAUUUUUAUGAUUUUCAUGUUUAUACAUCUGCCAAUGACUUGUUUUCUAAGGCUCAUAAAUUUGAUCAAACAUCACGAAAUGGUCCAAAGGCUUUUGUUAGUGAAUAUGCUGUGACUGGAAAUGAUGCUGGCAAAGGAAGUCUCAAAGCAGCACUUGCUGAGGCUGCAUUCCUUGUUGGGCUGGAAAAGAACAGUGAUGUUGUUCAGAUGGCAAGCUAUGCACCACUCUUUGUGAAUACCAAUGACAGAAGGUGGAACCCAGAUGCAAUUGUCUUCGACUCCUCACAAGUGUAUGGAACGCCUAGCUAUUGGGUGCAGCGUUUCUUUGUGGAGUCCAGUGGAGCAACUCUGCUUAAUGCAACUCUUAAAACCAAUUCGUCUGCACAACUAAUUGCAUCCGCAAUCACUUGGCAAUCAGGGGAUGGGAAAACUUACAUAAGAAUAAAAGUAGUAAACUUUGGGAACAGUUCUGUGAAUCUGAGCAUUGAUGUUGCUGGAUUGGAUCCAAACUCUGAGCAGUUGACUGGACCAACAAAGACUGAACUCACAUCUACUAAUCUAAUGGAUGAAAAUUCCUUUACAGAACAAAAGAAGGUGGCACCAGGGAAUGGAACAACUCUCCCCGAUGGGGAGAUGGAUGUUGUGCUUAAACCAUAUUCUUUGACAUCACUUGAUUUUUUGAAGAAAACAGUCAGUCUAAGGAUGUGGGAAGCUGAUGCUUCAUCUAAAUCUUCUAUUUGAAACAUAUAAAUCAGUGUAAACAGUAUGCAAUAAAUAAAUAACUCUUUAUGAGUUUAUCUUGUUAGUAUGUGCUCUGUACAUAUCAGUCAAUGUAACAGUUAAAACUUAAUCAAUUUUCUAAAUAAAA